AUGAGCGGUCUUGCUGCCUUGCUCCAUGGCGGCUCUUCCGUGGCCCAAGCGAGUCGCUGGGACAGCGACGUGGGCUUGGGGCAGGAAGGGACAAAAUGGCCAGCCACGUCAGGGUUGAAACAGAGGCACAAUGGAAAUGGGCUAAAACAUUUAACAGAGCUGUUAAAUCUCAUUCUCCACAGCUCAAAAAGAACAAUCCCGGCCCGUCUUUACCGAGGGGAGGCUUCAUGGGCUGUAGGAGGCUUUGCGUACGGGAAACCAGAGCGGCAUCCAGAGGGAUCCCGGGAGACCCCAGUGUGCCGGGCCGGCAGCCGAGCUGCGGGGGCCGGGGUGGGAAGACCGCAGGCUGGCCCAGUCUUGGAAGCGCAGUCGGUUCACCUGAGAGGGCUGGAAAACUUCACCCCUGGGGAGGAAAAAGAAGAUGGGAUUUCUCCUGGGGUCGGAACAGGACCCGGCCGGCUGGAGACAAUGGCUCCAGGAGCCUCCACAACUCCACCCCUGUUGCGGAGGGAACUCAACACCCUGGAGAUCGGCGUGUGA